UUUGUAUUUUUGCUUCGUACAAUUCCGCUUAUUUCCGAUUGACAUCGAAUGAUAAAAAUGGCUGCCUCCAUAGACAUACAUUCAGCGAGGAAGAAUUUGUCUGAAGUUCUUGGAGAUUCUAUGAAAAUAUAUCUACACAACUUAAAGUCAUGGUUCAAGCAACAGAUUUCUAAAGAAGAGUUUGAUUUGGAGGCACGUAAAUUACUCACCAAUGAUGCGGUUCAUCUUCAUAAUGAAUUUCUUCUGGCUGUUAUUUCAAGAUGUCAGACAAAGGUUAUUCCAAUGUCAAAGGACCCUUCUCGGCCACUGAUGACUUCAAGUUAUGGUAAACUACAAAAGAAAGCGAAACUUAAAAGAAAAAUUCCUGGUGGCAGAUCAAAUCUUCAGCAACGUUUCGUUCCUGCAAAUCCAUUGGCUAAUAUUCCUAAAGUGCCCACACCAUUGGUUGAAGACAUGCAACACACUCUAGGAUUCACUUCCAGGGACAAUCUUCUUCCUGAUUCGCAGAUGAUACACGGUCGAAUCUUGGUGUGUGCUCUCGAGUCCGACUUACAUGACAUCGCAUCAGGCACAGUUAAGUUGGUUAUACAGGCCUGCGAGAUUCAGCUGAAGAACAUAAUGUCUUUGGUAUUGGCCAAGAAAGUUGGCUACAAGCUAAGAGAGAAGCAGUUCAGAUUUGCGAUGGGAUCAGAAGUAAAGAAUCCAUACCUUAGACAGGCAGCUAUGGUGGACGAUUCAUGUACUGAGAGUGAGGCGACGUGUGUAUCAUUAGGAGGUUCUCACGCCCCCAGUCUGAAGCCAUCUCUUGACAUCGGGGAAGGAACUGCAGCGCACCAAGUCUCGACAGUCACGGUGCCUCCACAGAGCAAUGGGCAGAUCACCUUGUUUGAUUUACUAGAAACACUUUUGUUGUACCGGUCCUCUAUUCCAUGUCAUGCUGUGUAUGCGCCAGCUGUAGAGAGAGCCAUACACAAACUGUGGCAUCCUAGUCAGGAAGAGUUGGAUCAGGACAGCAUUCACAAGCAGCAGCUGUUCCUGAAGCAAAGCCUCAACAAUCAGGACUCUUAUUUCACUUGAAUCGGGACUCAUUCUGUUGGUGGAUCAGGAAUAAAACAUUAAUCGAUUCAGGACACAUCCUUUACUUGAAUCAGGACUAAAAAUCCUUUAUUGAUUCAGGACACAUCCUUUACUUGAAUCAGGAUUUGUCCUGUACUCUAACAUCAGGCAGCUGAUGUUCGUUUCUUGAUGUGACGUAACAUUCACAACAUACAAAGACAGAAUAUGGUUAACAGCGGUUAAUGAGAUAUGGUCUGUUAAAGCACACAAACACAGGUCAGAUUGUGGCCUUGGAAGUUCCUGAAAUGAAUGACACAAGUGAUUUUGCGAAUAACAUGUGGCCAAGCCAGGAAGCAGGUCACAUGACUGGUCAUUUUGUAAUGGUUUGUUGCCAAUACUUUAUAAUCAUGGUGCAUCACAAAAAAACAGAGAUGCAAACACUCGACAAUGACAUUACCAAAUAUCAGAAAUAUAACAAACUGCUAUGUCUUAUUGCAUGUUUGAGCAUCAGAUUAGUUAGAUUAAACAAUUAAGUACAUUUUAAAAUUGGUGGAGUGAAACAUCUUAUUGUGCUUAGUCUGAGCCAUUAGUUUUUAAGUCGAUUAGUAAAUUAUGAAAACUGGUGAAGAAUAACAUUUUGUGAGAUAAUUUUGAAAACCCAAGCUGACUUUGUGCAUAAAGCUCUAUCUUGGGAGUAAAGUAUGAAACAAAAUGCAAA